AUGAAUGAGCCAACGACGGAGAUAGAGAUUAGAACUGCGGCUGUGACGACGAUGCCAUCUCCUCCUCCGGCGGCGUCACCUCAUCAGGCGUUGGUGGAAAGGCUCAAGGAUUACGGACAGGAAGAUGUUUUCACUCUCUGGGAAGAACUCUCACCGGAAGAGCGAGAUCUCCUCGUCAUAGAUAUCGAGAAUUUGGAUCUUCCAAGAAUAGAUCGAAUCAUCAGAUGCUCACUUCACUCUCAAGGGUUGCCAGCGGCGGCAAUAGAGGCACCGCCGGAGAAUUGUGUAUCAACGGUGGAUGAAAGAACAAAGGAAGACAGAGAAAAAUGGUGGAAAAUGGGAUUGAAGGCUAUCUAUGACGGUAAAUUGGGUGUGGUGCUUUUAUCUGGUGGACAGCUUCUAUGCAUUGUUGCAAAUUGCCUUUGCAACUUUAUCAUCUCAGAUAUCGGACUACCAUCUGGAAAGUCACUUUUUCAGAUUCAAGCUGAGAGGAUCUUGUGUGUCCAAAGGCUUGCUGCUCAAGCAAUGAGUGAAGCUGGUCCAACUCGCCCAGUUACCAUACACUGGUAUAUAAUGACCAGUCCAUUUACUCACGAACCAACACAAAAAUUCUUCGAGAGUCACAAGUAUUUUGGCCUUGAGCCAGACCAAGUUACAUUUUUCCAACAAGGAACCCUACCUUGCGUUACAAAGGAUGGAAAGUUUAUAAUGGAGACACCUUUCAGUCUAGCCAAGGCUCCGGAUGGAAACGGGGGAGUUUAUGCAGCUCUAAAAUAUUCAAGGUUAUUAGAAGAUAUGGCUUCCAGGGGGAUUAAGUAUGUGGAUUGCUAUGGUGUCGACAAUGUCCUGGUUCGAGUAGCUGACCCUACUUUUCUGGGAUACUUCAUCGACAAAGGUGCAGCUUCUGCUGCAAAAGUAGUGCGCAAGGCGUAUCCACAGGAAAAGGUUGGAGUUUUUGUAAGGAGGGGCAAAGGUGGGCCUCUGACUGUAGUUGAGUACACAGAGCUUGACCCGUCUAUGGCUUCUGCAACAAAUCAGCAAACAGGACGUCUUCAGUUUUGCUGGAGUAACGUGUGCUUACACAUGUUCACUCUGGAUUUCCUUAAUCAAGUUGCGAAUGGGCUGGAAAAAGAUAGCGUUUACCAUGUGGCAGAGAAGAAGAUACCGUCUAUAAAUGGCUCUACAGAGGGAGUGAAACUAGAACAGUUCAUAUUUGAUUGCUUCCCGUAUGCUCCCUCAACUGCACUCUACGAGGUGUUGAGGGAGGAAGAGUUUGCGCCCGUGAAGAAUGCAAACGGGUCGAGUUUCGACACACCGGAAAGUGCGAAACUCUUGGUUCUACGGCUGCACACACGCUGGGUCAUAGCAGCUGGUGGAUUUCUUACACAUUCCGUUCCUUUAUAUGCAACUGGUAAAAGCUCUAUCCAACUCUUAUUUAUCUUGUUUGUCUUUACUAAACUAAUCCUUGGAUGGGUGAAAUAA